CUUCUAAUUAACAUACAAAUUAGAGUAUAACUACUUUUAGAAAUGGAAUCCCUCCAACAAGAAAGCAUCUUGAUUAACAAAGUUUGUGAAAUUUAUGAAAAAGUUUCAAAGCUAGAAACACUCAAACCUUCAAAAGAUGUCAAUAAUCUAUUGACUCAACUUGUCCUCAUGUGCAUCCCACAUUCUUCUAUCAACAUUGACACACUCCCAUUCAAUGUACAAGAAAUGAGGUCUAAGCUCAUCAAAAUUUGUGGUGAGGCUGAGGGUCAUCUUGAAGCCCAUUUCUCUACCAUUUUAGGCUCUUUCGAAAAUCCUCUACAACAUCUCACUCUCUUCCCUUACUACUCCAAUUACCUCAAGCUUAGUCUUCUUGAGUAUAACAUCCUCAACCAACAUUAUUCCUCCACAAAAGAAGCCCCAAAACGUGUCGCGUUUGUGGGGUCCGGCCCCUUACCUCUUACCUCUAUUGUCUUGGCUUCUUAUCAUCUCAAGGACACGGUGUUUCACAACUACGACAUUGACCAUUCCGCAAACUUGAUGGCCUCACGUCUUGUUUCGUCUGAUCCUGACUUGUCCAAAAGGAUGGUCUUCCAUACUGCCGAUAUAAUGAAUGUGACGGAUGAGUUGAAAGACUAUGAUGUGGUUUUCCUGGCUGCACUUGUGGGGAUAGAUAAUGAGAAGAAAGUAGAAGUAAUCGAACAUUUGUCUAAGUACAUGUCCCCGGGUGCCAUCCUUAUGCUAAGGAGUGCCCAUGGUGCCCGUGCUUUUCUUUAUCCGGUGGUGGACCCUGAAGUUCUUCAAGUUGGGUUUGAUGUUCUCUCGAUUUUUCAUCCAGAUGAUGAUGUUGUUAACUCGGUUGUGAUCACACGUAAGUUUGGGGACAUGGCGAACACUGAGCGUGAUCAUAAUCGUGGUGAAGCAGGAAUUGGCUCUAUCAUACCAUCAAGUUGCAAGUAUUGUGAGUUCCAAGCGUUCAACAGUCCCUUGAGCCGUAUGAAAAUGAUCCAUGAGUAGGUCAUUAUUUGGUCUUGAAGUUUUGAUGUUAUAUAUAUACUCAUAUUCAUGUCUAAUUAAUAGUGUGUGAUUGAAUGUUUGAGUUCUUGUGUAUUGUACUAUUGUUACUUACAUAUAUAUAAGAAAUAAAGGAUCACCUCGAUCGAUCUAUAUUUAAA